AUGGUAGAAGAUUUGAAGGGGAGAUACGUGUGGACGUCGAGCAGCGAUGGCAGCAGCCGUGACAGCAGCAGAGCCGAAGAAGAGGGGCUGCCCACCCCUAGACCCCGUCCUCGGCUGCCGGACUACGAACCCACACCGCGCCCCGCCCAGGCGGCCCACCCCUCGCCCGCCGUAUUGGCGUGGGCAAGUAAGGUGGUUGCUGAGGGUGGCGCUUCGAUAAGGAAAGAAGAGGCGGUCGCCACACCAAGGCGUAAAGGGUUGGCGGCCCUCCUUGCCCCUACCGUGCUCUCGGCGGCCGAGGGAGACGCCGUCCCCAUACCGGGAGUGACGGCCGACGAGGGCCCCGUUGACAAGAUGGCUGCUGACACCCCAGAGGGUGCCGCCUGUUUCCCAUCGCCCGCUGACAGUGGCCGACGGGCGCCGCCAUCCCCACCGCCGCGGCUAGCGACCAGCGAUGGAGAGGCGACGGUCGACCCGGGGGUGGAAGCGGCGACCUUGCCGGCGAGCGAGGGUGAAGAGAGGAAGCGGCAGCGCCGUCACCGGGAGCGCCGACAAGAAGCGUCUGCGCGGGAGGCUGCCACGGCACGCGCGGUCGAGGAGGCCCGCCUCACCGAGGGGAGGAGAAGAAAAGCCCUAAAGGCGCGCUAUUGCCAGGAGCGAGCGAGGGCAAUGGCCAAUGCGGCAGCGGCAGUGGCGCUGCUAUCAUCAACGCCGCCGGCGCGGUCCUUUGCUCCUGCGCUCCCGGCCGCCGUGAGAGCGCCGCUGGCGGAGCCUGCCGACACCGCCACCGCCCGAUGGGGGCCCGGCCAGAACAUCUCCAGACUGGUGAUCUGA